AUGAAACUCCUCCUGCUGUUCCUGCUCUGUGUUUCCUCCAUUAAAUCCCAGGGCUUCACUGAUUAUGAUGAUGAGGAUGAGAUCCCUAAGCCCAAAAUUCGGGGACACCGACCCGUGGAAAGGCAGGAAGUGACCCCCACGCUCCGACCCGUCGCACCUCCCAUCAGUAAAGGUGGAUACCAGCCCCGGCCCACAAAGGCGGCGAAGAGAGGGGACAGAAAAGAACAAAUCACCUACCCUGACGCUGGUGGCUGCAAGCACCCUCUGGAUGAGCUGGGAGUGCUGUGCCCAACUGGAUGUGAGCUGCAAACUGCACUAGUAAAACAGGAAAAAAGUGUGAAGGGAGUUGUUUGGGGUCUAAAGGAAAAAGUGAGCAAGCUGCAUGAAGACUCUACAACUUUCUAUGAAUAUGUGACUGUUCUAGAUGAUAAAUUGGCAAAGAGGCAAAAACAAAGAAAAGACAAUGAUGAUGUAUUUUCUCAGUUCAACACAGAAGUGGAAUUGCAUUAUAAUUAUAUAAAGGAUAAUCUGGACAAUAGCAUCCCAUCUAGCCUCAGGGUCCUUCGUGCAGUUGUGGAUUCUUUACACAAAAAGAUCCAAAAACUGGAAAAUGCCAUUGCAACCCAGGUGGACUACUGCCGUUCCCCGUGUGUUGUUUCCUGUAAUAUUCCAGUGGUUUCAGGCAAAGAAUGUGAGGAUAUUAUCAGAAAGGGAGGUGAGACAUCUGAAAUGUACCUCAUCCAGCCAGAUCCAUUCAUCAAACCAUACAGAGUAUACUGUGACAUGGAAACAGAUAAUGGAGGCUGGACUUUGAUUCAGAACCGCCAGGAUGGCAGUGUUGAUUUUGGAAGAGUAUGGGAUUAUUAUAAAAAAGGAUUUGGAAAUAUUGCAAAGAGUGGAGGGAAGAACUACUGUGACACACCAGGUGAAUAUUGGCUUGGAAAUGACAAGAUUAGCCAGCUUACCAAAAUUGGGCCCACUGAAGUUUUAAUUGAAAUGGAGGACUGGAAUGGUGAUAAAGUAUCAGCUCAUUAUGGAGGUUUCACCAUACAGAAUGAAGGAAACAAGUAUCAGCUUUCAGUUAGUAACUACAAAGGCACUGCAGGCAAUGCCCUGAUGGAAGGAGCUUCACAGCUGCACGGGGAAAACAGGACGAUGACAAUUCACAACGGCAUGUUCUUCAGUACUUAUGACAGAGACAAUGACGGAUGGUUAACAGCAGAUCCAAGAAAACAGUGCUCCAGAGAAGAUGGUGGUGGAUGGUGGUACAACCGCUGCCACUCAGCCAAUCCCAAUGGCAGAUAUUACUGGGGAGGGACCUACAGCUGGGAUAUGGCAAAACAUGGUACAGAUGAUGGCAUUGUAUGGAUGAAUUGGAAAGGGUCGUGGUAUUCAUUGAAGAAGAUGAGCAUGAAAAUCAGGCCAUAUUUCCCACAUUAACCACUAUCAAAAUGUACAGAAUUAGGGAUUUUCUUUUAAUAUUUGUACAUGGUUAUAUUUUUAGCCAUAGUAGUCAGGAUUGUCUUUGCAUAUGAGAGCCAAAUACAUAUGUACAAGCAUAUUGUGACCUAAAGUGAAAAACCACAUCAACUGUAAAUCGAAAUCUGACCAAUGAAAAUAACUCACAACUGUAUUUUGUUCCAUUUGUUAUUUGUCCACAAGACAGAACUGGUACAGAUUAA